UCCCCAAGCCAUCUUCAGCUGAUGCCAUCCCUGUCUGGUGCCUCAGGGUGGGAGCUUCUGGCAUGCAAACUUUGCUACAGGGAUGUUAAGAAUGAGCACUGAUUUCUUCAUAUUUUGCAAACCACUGUAUUUCCAGGUUGCCUGGGGUAGCUGAGGAGAGCCAUCGCCAUGAUCCCCACACUGCUUUUGCUGGGCCUUACAGCCCUUGUCGGUGAGCCAGGGUUUGGGUUUGGGCUGCUAUCAGAAGCAUCCUGGGAACUGUUUGCAGAGGGACUGUGGAGAGGAGGUGUGCAGUCAGGUCUGAGGUCCCCUUUCUGUGUGGAGCUGUAAAGCCCUGUGUGGCUGAAGGUCCUUGGCUGCUGUAUGAGGCUGCUUGACUGACGCCCACGUGUGUCCUUUAAACCAGCAUGUCUGAAGUAUGGAACUGGCACAAAAAGGGAGUCACAGAUACACCUCCUCUUGAUUUUCCCAGCUGAUCUCGCUGAUCUCGCUGGCUAGUCAGUAAUGGUCUCACAAAAUGAGUCAAGCUGUUUGAUGGAGGCUAUUCAUUCCUCAGUUACCGAGGAAGCAGAGUAAUUUGCCCAGGCUGAGGCAAGCACUCUCCUGAAUUAAUUCCUUACCAAGUUAUGGAGGGACACAGGAGAUGCUCCCGGCCAAGGUGCUCAGGUACCGCCAGCCAUCAUCCGAGGGGUCCUGGACAUUGGUGGGCAUUGAAUCAGAAGAGCCCUCUGAAAUAAAUGCAGAGGCUGUGAAUCCCUUCUCUCACACCUUCUCUUCUUUAGACCUAACAGGGCAGACACCUAUUCAUCUAGAUUGUCAUUAGAUUAAUUCACUUCAACCUGUUCAAUUAGAAAAGAACAAAUUUCUGUUCUUGAGCUUUCUUUGAUACCGUUACUGAUGGAAAGGAGUGGCAACCAUACAAGCAUAGCCAACACAAGCUCCAUCCAUGAGUUACAGUUGCUAUGGUGAUAUAAGUGCUCUUCAAGCCCCCACUAUCUCCUGUACUGCCGUAAGAGCCCCAGACUGUGGAUUUACCACAAUACAGAGGUCUGCUGAGGCAGACAUCGUACGCCUGAGGAAAUACGAGAUCCCCAUUAAGAGAGUAGCCAGAAACCUGUGCUUGGACCCAGCGCUCAUCGCUGCCAUCAUCUCACAGGAAAGUCGUGUUGGCCUGCUGCUGGACAACGGCUGGGACCAGCAACGGCAUAAGUAUGGCUUGAUGCAGCUUGGUGGGCAGCAACACCACCCUUUCGGAGUAUGGGAUAGUGAAGAACACAUAAAUCAGUGCUCAACUAUCCUGGUCCUUUCAAUUAAUGAAGUACGGGCAAGACAUCCUACCUGGACCUGGGACCGGCAGCUGACAGGGGGAAUCUGCACCUACCGUGCAAAAAUGGGGAACUUCCAGCUCUACGAGGAAGACCCAUGUGACAGAGACAACUACUACGUCAACAGUGUGAUUAGGCGAGCCCAGUACUUUAAAAGACAUGGGUUUUAGCUCAUAAACCUGCCCUGCCACCAAGCUUCUCCUCUACAUAGACUAUCCCAUUAGUGAUUGUAGUACCCAGAGCAGUUCCUCAGGUCUCCUGGCAGAACCGAUGCUGAUGGCAACAGCAAUGGCACCUUGCUUGCUCCAGAAAACCCCAACUCCCCACUCAACAAUGGGCAAGCUCAACACUGUCUUCCAGGGGACACCAAGACAAGCGGGGACAGAUCAGCAAAGUUUAAGUGUCGGGUGAGGAAGGUACCUCUUCCCAUUCAAAGCUGGACCUGGAGCUGUUCGUGCAGCCCCCAGGCACAGGCAUGCAGGCAGCUCUUGUUCUUCCCAUCUCCUUCCCCCUCCCUGGUCAAUGGGGGGAUGAAACCACUGAGUUAAAGUCUUCCUUACCCUUGAUUGUGCUGGCUACAGGGCAAUGAGGAGAUUUCUUGCCAAGCCUUAGGUCUCUGCACUAGCUGUGAAUUCUUGUGGCCAGCCUCGCAAAGGACAACACUAAACAUGUUUCUGUUAGUCUUCUGAGCCCUGGAGCGCACAGUCAUGGUGGGGCUGAAGACUUCUUCAGGGUGAAAAGCAGCCUCAUACAGGGGAAAUCCUCUGUACAGGGUGUACUGCCAGUGCCAUAGCAGGCAUGCAAGACACCUUUCCAUUAGAGAGCAGCCCUCUCAGCAGGAGCUGGCCCCUUAUGUACCUGCCCCAGGAGCUGUAUCACAAGUGUUGCUAAAAAAACCCACAACCUUUCCUGCUUUAGCUUUGGCACCUUUACGCUGUGUUUUCUCCAAGUCUAAAAGUGCUUCAGCAUCUGUCCCUCUGCCAGGAAUCCCAGCUUCUAAUUAGGAGUGAAUUAGCUCUGGCUUUAUAAGAUCUGAAGGUGUUCUUCAAUGUGGAUGGGUCUGGGUGAAAAUUUAGGUUU